AUGAAGCCCCUUUUUCUAUUGUGUUUCUUUACGAUAACAAGCGCCCGACAUGUGACUCAUAGUGAAGUGAUUUCCAAUUUUGUGUCUCGUGAAUCUUUCGAGGAUUUGGCAGUGUCAGCGGCGGAACCACGACCAGUUGUCGUUGAGUAUUACCCCUCAGAAGUUUUGCCUUUAACAGCAGACCAACAUGCUUUCAGUGAUUCCGAGGUUAGUCAAGCUAGUGAAAAAGUAGAAAAAAUACUACAAAGACCUAUAUCAUUUUCUUAUCAAAACAACAAUGACCAAACUUCGGAUGCAUCAGAAGUGUCAGAGGAAGAAGACGAUGAAAAGGAAGCUGAAGUAACGGAAGUGGAUCAGAAACCGGACGCUGUCGACUAUUAUAAAUAUGUGAAAAAUAUCGAAUCGACAGAAAGUGACGAAGGUGCUGGAAACGAAGAAAACAAAAACGAAAAAACUGAAAAUGAAGAAAACAGAGAAAAUGAAAACGAAGAAAGCGAAGAAGUAAUUGCUGAAACUAGUGACCACGAAGAUAUCAAAAAUGAUGAUAACAAAGAAGAUAAUACAGCUGAAGACACUGUAUCUGAAGACAACGCAUCCGAACCCUAUGAAGUACAUGAAAGCAAAAAGGGAAAGACAGGAGGAGGUCAUGGAGGCGGUGGCGGCGGCGGCGGUCAUGGUCAUAAAGGAGGUGGAGGUGGUCAUGGUGGCGGUGGAGGUGGAGGCCAUGGAGGCGGAGAUGCAGAUGAGGUAAAAAGUGAUAGUGAAUGGGUAUCAGCCCACUACAAGAGACGGCAACGCAACGAUGAUAGUCCUGAAUUGAAAAACACCAAACAAGCUACUCUCAAAGAUUAUUGGCUAAGUAAAACUGGUCUUGCAUCUAACAGAUACGAGGCACUUGAAAAUGUUAAACCUAGUGAAGAGGUUGAAAUUCUGGAAGACCAAAAAGGUGAACAGCCACCACCUAUAUUUAUACAAAAUGUCGAGUGUAUCAAACCGUUACAGGAAUUACUACAGCAGAUAACUUCAGGUUCGCAUAAAAAAGGAGGGGGAAAAGAACACUAUUCCAGUCACAAAGGAGAGAAAGGCGAGAAGGGAGAUAAAGGCUACAAAGGACAUCACCACCACGAAAAGGGAGAAAAAGGACACCACACUAAAGAAAAUCAUGAAAAAGAAUACGAGGAGAAAGGUGGCGAAAAGAAAAACCAUCAUCACGAUGACGGAUAUACGGCAGAACACCACAAGGGAGAAAAAGGAGAAAAGGGAUCGAAGUACCAUGAAGAAGGUAAACACUCAAAAGGACACAGCACCAAAGGAGAACAUAGCAUCCAUAAAAAAGACGAGUACGAAAAGAAACAAGAAUUCUAUGAUGAAAGUCAUGAAGAAGAUGGAUUUGAAAAGGAUGGAGAAUAUUUCCAUGAGGAUAAUUAUAAAAAAGGAGGCCAUGAAAAAGGCAGCUACGAUAAAGGUGGCGAAGAAGAAUCCCAUUACGGAAAAAAACACCACCAUGACAAAGGUGGGCACUUUAAAGAACAGAAGGGAUACAAAGGCUCCAAGGGACACGAUUCACAUCAUGAACACGAAGAAAAACACGGUAAAAAAGGAAGUGACUCCGGUGGAAAGAAAUGGUCAUAUGGAAAAGGAAAAGGAGGUGGUGGAGGAGGAGGGGGACAUAAGCAGGGACAUUUACAUGAACAAGCUGAUGAAACUCACAAUCCUAUACGUGUUGUUCAGCCGGAAAACCUUCAUAUAAAAGAUGUAGUCAAUGAAGCAGCUCCAAGGUUAAUUUUAGAGGAAAAUAGUCGAUAUUUAAAAGAACCGAACGUGUUAUAUCCCCCCUUAAACAGUUUACCUCUGAAUCGAAAUUAUCCCGAAGUAAAUAGCUCUAAACGUAAGAAACAUCACCAUUUACGAGAACCUCAUCCGAUAUUACCUAGUUAUAUAAAGGAAAAUCAGUUCAUUCCCAUUGUAAGUCCUAUACAACGAAGGAUGGAUGAUGUAGCUGAAGUAGAAGAUUCACCGGAAAGUUCCAAAGAAAUCUCCGUUCAACAAAGAAAAUUUGAUGACGAAAAACCGUUUAUAGAAGAAACUAAAGAAAAUACGGAUGAAUCUGAUGACGAAAAACCCGUUAUAGAAGAACCUGAAGAAAAUACCGAAGAAUCUAGUUUAGUCAAAAGUGUUCCAACGACAGAUCAAAUCGUUCCUUCUAGUGUUCCUAAUUUCGAAGACCAUGAAGAUCUUCUAGUAAAACAUGAAACACUACUUAAUAAUAUGUUCGAAGAAACUGAGCCAGUUAAGACAGCAUCAACUAAAAAGAAUAAUAAGAUGAUACAUAUGUUUGGAAACGAUGCGGAAAGCUCAGUAGAAUAUGAGGAUCUAUUAUUGCCAGAUGGUUCUAUAGAAUCGAACGAAGAAUUAGGAUCUUAUAGCAUUUAUAAACUAGGAGACUACCGGCAACCGGAGAAUGUUACUACGGCAUUAACAGUUGCCAAGGAAGAAGAAGAAGAAGAAGUAACUACUUUUGAGCCGCUUUCUACAACAAUUAUAAAUACAGUUAAUGAACCUGAAAAAAGCGAAACCCGACCUGUAGUCUUUCAAGAACCUUUGAGCACGUCCAUGAGGCCCAUUGUAGUUAUGGAAGAAGCGGAACGUUAA